AAAUGGCGGAACAUUCAAAACACACGAAAAAAUUCUCUUGACUUUUCACCUAAUUUUUUAACAAGUUUUUGCCGUUAUGAKGUCGAAAUAAUUGUUAUUAUCAUAAAGAAGCCUAAACAGAUGCUUCGCUCUCAUCAAAAUGCCUUAUAUUAGUGCUGAAACGAGUGUUUUCCUGUCCAAAGUGGUUUAGGAAUGACGAAAAAAAACAACAACAAAGUAUGAGGAGAAACAAACCAGGGCGUUUGACGCCUGCGAAAAGCUCUGAGAAAAGACAGGUUCACAACAAUAUACUUUAUGAUKGCAAAGUUCUUGACAUCAUUAGAAAAUUUGGACAACUUGCAGAAACAUCUUAUGGGCCAACUGGAAGGUUAAAGUUCCUGCAGACGUCUGCUGGAGGACAUGUGACAGUCACCUCUUGUUGUAGUUCAAUUAUCCAUCAUUUAGUGGGUGUCUCACAUCCUGUGCUUCGGCUUAUAAUGAUGGCCAUCAAAGGCCACCUAGAGUUAUAUAAGGAUGGUGGACUUGCUAUAGCAAUACUUAUUACAAGGCUUGUUGAAUCUUCUCUUGAUCUUGAUGUCCCAAGAGCUGUAAUCUUAGAGGUAAACASUGAAGCACAAGAUGAGAUAAAGAAUUACCUAGCAUCAGAAACCUGCCCAUGGAAGAUGAAGAUURAUAUCAGUGAUAUGAAGAGUAUGAUAUGUUUGGUUAGAACUGUCAUUGGGACAAAACCAGCUUGCCGAAUAAGUGAGGAUGAACAAGAGUCACUGUGCACUGUUUUGCUAGAGGCAUUUCUUCAAACAAUACCAUCAAUAUCAAAAGACAAAGAGUCACUAAAAAUUUCAUCAGAUGCUAUUCAAUUUCUSUACUGCGAAGGAAGUCCAGUCAGUGAGACUAAAGUUUUCCAAGGUGUCGUCCUGCAAGCUCCAGAAAUCCCUACCUACUCUAAAAAUACACCAAAACUAAGCAACCUUAAGGUGGCUCUGUACAACGUUUCCAUGGCAGGAGACACUGAUGAGUGGUUCGAAGGUGUGUCUCACGUUGUUAGUGGUGAAAUGGAGCAGGCUGAAAUGAGUGAAGGUGUUGUCAAGCACAUGAAGGGCGUGGCRUCUGCAUUGGUACAAGCAGGGGUUGGUCUAGUCGCAUGUCAGAAAUGUAUACAUCCAACCCUCAAGGAAUUCCUGAAAGAAAAGGGAGUAUAUGUUAUCGAGCGUUUGUCAAUACUACACAUUGGUUCAGUCCAACAAUUGACUGGAGCAAAGAUCCUCAGCACCUUUACCUCAGAUGUACCACGUGAUUGGUUUGGUCACGUGGGGAAAAUAGAACAUCUGGUGAUGGGAAGCAAAAGUUACUUGCAUCUUAUACCGAGUGAACAGCCUCCUUCAUCUUGGCAUCCCGUCUCUACCGUCGUUUUGUGUUCGCCUGACGAAACUUCUCUCARCGAGUUAAAAAUCGUCUGUCAGUCAGCCAUAAGCGUUUUACACGGUGUACUCUCCAGUCCAUAUGUCGUCCCAGGAGGUGGGUGUCUGGACACCCAUUUAGCCUGGUACCUGCGAUCCAGGGCGCGCCAAUGUACUCCUAAAAGCCUAGAAAGAAUAGGCGCUACUAAAGCUCAGUACCUAACUGUCAUGAACAACAUUGCCCGUUGCCUGGAAACGGUCUCCAAAAGCCUGGAACACGACGGGGGCGAUCACGUGUACGAUUCCUCCAAUCACCAUCAUUGGAUCAUUCCACCGGGCUCUGACCCAAAUACUACAUCAAUCCCGUCUUGUGUGUGCGGGCUUGUGUCACGUGAUAAAUUUGAAGGAGAAUGGUGCAUUAUGGGAAGUGAUUUUGACUUAAGUGUUACCGGCCAAUCAUCUUUCACCAGGAAUGGACCAAUAGAAAGAUCCUUCAGUAAUUCUAUCAUAGACCUCUACGCUUCCAAGAUGAGUGCUUUGUGCACUGUUUUUGAGACUGUUAAUGUUCUCUUAAGAGUAAAACAUCUUGUUUCCGAUGGAUAAGUGGGCUCGCACAAGAUAGUUCGCUAGCUCACAAGAUUGAAAGUCAAUUUAAAUUGGGAUUCCUGUGGUGCCGUACUUUUCAGUAUUUGUCCUUUUAUAUAAACAUCAAAAGGAUUUAAAAGUAAAAGGAAGUGCUUUGUUUUACACUCUUGAGGCUAUUUUUGUGCUUUUGUGCAGUUCACGCUACAAUAGCUACAUUUUAUUUCCGGUCAGCGGAGAUCAACUGGGGAUUCCCAUAUCCGAUUGCAUCUCAGUGACUCUGAUCAAGUGUUCGAAAUCGCAAGCUUGUUUACAUGGCUGCUCGGUGAUCAUGGAAUUGUUUAUUCGUCUUUGAUCGCCUGCUUUAUUCAGACAAAUUUCAUCUACGAGUAUCUAUCAAGGGAUUCAUCUUCGAUGGUUCAUUGUAUCUUCGACAUCAAGGACAUGAACCUCGCUAAAUUUACACUGUAAUGAGAAAUAAACGACUUCGAAGCCGCUCUUCCAGUGACACAGAGUACAAGCCUCGACAUUCAGAAUUUACUCAAAUCGCCAUAAUAAUAAUAUUUAUGCUAGUGGUGGCAUUAACUGCUUUCUACUAUGGAAACUAUCUUAUCGUACUUAUAAUCAUUGGUAUUUGGAUUACCUAACCUCGUAUGGGAGUGUUCCUAACUAGUACACGAACGUUGACCAUUUUGCCUCUUCGCGAACACGGCGUUACCUCAGCGUGCGGUAGGACAAGUUACGCGGUUGAUGUGGACGUGUGGAUAGACAAAUCUAGCCUUAAAAUAAUAAACAUUUUCGCUCAUAAAAUAAAUGUAUGAAACUUGGGCCGUAUGUUCUAGUCGUCGAUUGGGUUUAUCRAUUAUUUGUGGAGAUAUUCCCGUGGUAUCUAUGGUACUGGUUCGCGUGGUAAAGAAUUAUGAAUCUACAAAUCAUUUUGCUGAAUCGAAGUCUAAUGGGGUUAGCUACGAGGGAUGAGAAAAUUAAGUAAUAUUUGGUUGUAUUUUUAGUUUUUUAGACGCCUUCUGAUACACAUGAUUACGAAAUUCUCCUUUUUGAAGACAAAAAUGGCUGAACGAUAAGUCCAUUUCAUUCUAUUUUCCUUCGUUACGAUUUUCAUCAAUGCCUCAAGCUAUCAUAAAAGAUCUAUGGAUUCUAUCGCCAAUCUUAGUCACAAGGAAGCAGACAAAAGGAUAAUGCUUUAUUAAUUCGCAAAAAUAUCACCUGUAAUACAAAUGACCUUGAAAAUAUAUUACUGUAAGUGCUAGCCCACCAGAACACAUUGAAAAACGGGAUUUCUUUUAGAAAGUCAGACAAAAGAAAAAAGAAAWAAUAUUGCUGCAAUAUAAUCGUGAUAAAGUUAACAGGCGACUAUUGAGUACGAYGAAAAGUAAGAUUGUUUGCUUUUUGGCUUCCUUUUAGCAUAAUUUUAGUAAUUUUCAAAAUAAAUCGUUUUCGAUUCGAGUUCUUAACGACCAAAAAUUCACUCCUAGCUUUUAGCAUAUUGAAUAUGAUCUUUGUGUAAAAUGGUGAAAAAGACCCCUUGGAAAUUACCAAUUAGUUCAAACGAAUUUCAAUUUAAAAAUAAACGAUAAAUGGUGAAAAUGUAAUAAUUCGAAAUAGACUUCUAGUUCAAUUAUAAAAUAUACUUUUCCGUACUCAAUAUUGCCACGUUUUUCUGUUCCUUUUAUUAAUUUGUAUUCUAAAUCAUAUUUUCAAAUUAGAAAAAUAACUUUAUUCAUUAUAUAAAUGAAUGAAAGACAACAGACGUUCGGAGCUAAUUAAUUCAAAGAAAAUUUACGAUUGAUAAUCCCUUUAGACAAAUAUGUCUUUGAAGGGUGGAUUCUUAAAGGAUUUUAACAUUGUACAAACUCUUUUAACUUUGAAGCGAAUAGUUUCUUUUUUUUAACUAAUUGUCGUUUCCUUGAGAACUAUUUUCGAUAUUUCUGAUAGUCAUUCGUCAAGGAUAAAUAUUGAACUCAAGCAGAGAAUAUUAUUCAGUAUAGAUUUGAAUGGGGGGAAAGAUUAUGCCAGAUUUAAAAGUUUAUGAAUAUGAAGUAUCAAUAUUGGUAAAUUUCGAUUMAAAAAAUCCCCAAAUUUUCAAAGAACACGAUUCAAUUUGAUUCACAAAUAAAUUAUUGAAAGUAAUUUUAAAAAAUGGUUAAAAGCAUGACAAUGAAUGAGAUUUGAAUGAGAUGUCUAGCCAAUUAGGUGUUGUCGUUUUGACAUUACUAGGAGACACCUCUUAACAUGAAAUAUGCAAGGAUUUAUAAAUGCUAGUUAUGUUGUGAUGAAUAACAAUCGUAACUGAGGUAAGCAGCAAAAUCCUUCCAUUUCAAUGCAAUAAAAAUGAGAGGCAAUA